CUUUGACAUGUCCCUUGUUAAACAGAUGGGCGCCCCGAGCAAGUGAGCGCGCAGAGCACGGAGCUAUUAAAGAGAAGCGCUGAUCGGAACCACUGCGAGAACUUUGUAGACUUGCAACUUCUAGAUAAGGAUAACGACGAAUUACCGCAAACAGCAAAACACAGAAUUACGGGGCGUGAGUGGAGAGACAGGAAGCUGUCACGGGGGGAGCGGAGGACGGCUUGGGACAGGUGGACAGAGUUCCUGUGAAGAGGGAGGCAUCUCUGGAAACAAACUGACACUGACACGAACCUGACGCUGCAGCCACGCUGAAGACCGAGCGCUUUCUGUCAAACAUCAGCUCGGCCUGCCACUCUCCCCGCUCAACAGGACAGCUGAGAUACCGCCGCCAUUUCCCCCAGUUCCGUUCACACCACUAGCAUCGGGAAGAAGGACGUCGUGUCACUCCUCAGUGUUAGCUGCGUUUUCCUUGGGUCUGAAACCAGGCCUACUGGGCAGAAUCGCUGUCAGCUCCUUGAUUUAAUGCACAAUUGGCUUGUGUACGUAAGCCUACCAAUCAGAGACACUUAUCCAGCUUUGCUCAGACUAAUGGCCAAUUUAGCAACCAGAGCCCUAAGGUCAGUCAGGUCUAUACACUCGGCCAUCGAUUAGCAUCGCCUCUGAUCUCAUUAGUUAUAUUUCCUGCCCUCGCUUGCUUGUUUGUUCACAUUAUCCGUUGCCCCUUCAGCAUAUGCUGUAAAUAGCAAGUGUUGUGUCAGUUCCUUUACAGAUUGCUGAGCCCUCCCCCCUCCCUCCAACUGUAAUUACUGUGUGCUGUAUACAGCACCUGGAUGUGAACGUCCCAUCUGCCGACCAUUAGCCUCUGGCGAGCGGGUUGGAAGACGCUGCGUUUUCAUUGGGUUCUUUAUGCGCUCGGGGCAGCUUGUUGUGUCAUGUCCAAUCAAUACACUCCAGCGCUUCUGAAAACGAGAGCGGAGAUGGCGUCGGUGUAAUAAAUUGGCCUGUUGUUGUUUCCCACCUCCAGUUCAGUCGCUUUCGAGCAGGGUGAUCAGCUCCGGGCUGAGUUAGAUUGAUUUCUUGUCGCGUGUGGGCAUUUUUUUUUCUUUGUGUGUGCGUGUGUGUGUGUGCGUGUGUGUGUGUGCGCGUGCUUUUGUGCCAGGCCUGUCAUAACUCCAGAGUCGCUCAGAGCUAGCACGCGGCCGCCUUCGUAGCCUGCCUCAAACCUGGCCAGCCUGUCGGCGCACCCCACCAUCCAGACGGUCUGUAAGUUCUGCCGCCGGGCCCCUUGGAGGAUGAGCGAUGUCCCCACGCUGGACUACGAGGUGCUGUCCCCAGGCCCCUCGCUCCCCGGGGCCCCCACCAGCCCACCGCUGGCGGGCGACGCCGAGCAGAAAACGGCCCUGGCCUUCGUAGGCAUCCUGCUGCUCUUCCUCGUCUUCCUCCUGGUGCGCUGCUUCCGCAUCCUCCUGGACCCCUACAGCCGCAUGCCCUCCUCGUCCUGGACCGACCACAAGGAGGGGCUGGAGAGGGGCCAGUUUGACUAUGCGCUGGUUUAGGGGAGACCCGCGGGGCACCCCUCUUUUAGGCCUGGCUCCCUCCGUCCUCCCGCAAGAGAGGAGAGGACCAGUGCACCCUCUUUAGGAGUCAAUGCACAGACACUGGCUAAGCCCCUCUAGCAUAGCGUUUCCUACUGAAACACCUCUUGAGUAGGCCCCCCUAAGCACACCGCUGUGCGAGGAACACAUGCUGUAUUUGGAGCUGGGGUCCCUUUUGUUCUGGGUAGUGGCUUCAGUUGCCGGGAGGCUAGCAGAGCCAUUAGAAAACUCACUGAACACAACACAGCACUCGCCAUCACUGUCCUUUCACUGCUUGAUUAUAGAGCCCGGGGGAUGAUGAUCUGCACAGCAGCAGUAACGUGCCAAUAUCUGGCUUUUAUGUUUGACUGCGUUUAUGUUUAUCCUUGGCACCAGUACAGAAAAAAACGGGGUUUUGCUUGGGAUGGGUGCAAUAAUACCAGCUGAUGGCAAAAAAGAUAAUGUUGAUCCCAAACACGUUAAUGUGCUUGGAGGCAGAUGGAUGGAAAAAGAAGGGAAAUUAAACUGGUGAAUUGUACCCCUCCAUCCCCAUUCUUGUAGUCCUGCGAGUCUUUCCAGUAACUGUCCAGCAAACUGAUGGUAAAUGUUUGGAUUGUGUUUUAACGAUGUUGUUUACAGGAGUUGAUUCCCUUUAAGAAACCUGGCCAGAUGUUUUGCUUCAUACUGUAGUCACAUGUUAAAAUGUGUAGGCUUUUGCCUGAUGAAACAUAGUAGCUCUGUCUGUCUAUAACCGAAAAAAGCCAUAUCUGUAGAAGACCUAUAAUUGUAUUGCUAUUGGUCUUUCUCUUUGCUCUAUCCUACCUGCCAAGCUUGGUGAAACCUGUUGUGUAUGAGAGAAACUUUUAGAGACAUCGGAAAUGCUUUAUUUUUGUAUUCUGACUCUGGUUUAGAGUCUCUUUUUGCAAAUAUUCAGUAGUUUCUCUUGGUUUUGUAGCUCUCAGUGUUGUAAUUGGAUAAUGAGUAGCCAAGCUUCGGGAAUUAAGUACAAGUUUGAAGAGAUUGUGUUUUGCUCACUUUUUUCCAAGAUUUGUAAGUAGAUUGGAUAUUUUUCCUACUGUUCUUUUUUUGCUAAGCAGAAAUUGUGUUUAAUAAAAUGGGGGUUUUCUUCUCUA